AAUGUAUCGAUAUGAAAUCGAUAUCUCUCCAGCUGUCAGCUGUCAUAUUCGAGACCGAUAUUUUUCGCCCAGGAAAACUGCUCACUUUUUGCUAAAUCUUAAAAAUAAACCCAAGCAAGAUGAUGAACCUGUCCAGAGCUGUUGUACGUAGCUUCGCCACCACCGCUGGCCGCCGUUCCGCCGCCGUGCCCAAGGAGCAGAUCGAGAAGGGAUACUUCGAGAUCCGCAAGGUGCAGGAGCACUUCCAGAAGAAGGACGGCAAGCCCGUCUUCCUGAAGGGAUCCGCCGUGGACAACGUGCUAUACCGUAUCACCGUCGCUCUCGCCCUCGUCGGCAUCGGUGGCAUGGGAAAACUUUUCUACGAGCUGAGUGUUCCCAAGAAGGAGUGAAGUCGGAGUCCCGAUCCCUAAGCUAAGCCAUUAAACCCCGCGCAA